CCCGGAAGGGGCGGGGAUGUCGCUGACCCGCGUGUGCGUCGGCUGAGGGGCGGCCGCGGGUGGGGGUCCCGGCGGCGGCCCGCUGUCUAACGUUGGCCGGCAUCGCGGCCUCCCCAUCUCCGGUUCCCUUCUCUUGCGGUGUCCGAGCUGCGGGGCAGCGAUCGGGACACUGCAAUGGAGAGUACAGUAUCUGUCACAUUCCUCGUAUCGUUUUUCAUACUGUUGUGUGAAAGUUAUCAUCAUGGAGUGGAGACGACUACUGUUGUGCAGACACUGGAGAGAACAUUUCCUGAAAAGGCAGCUGGCAUUAACGAUGACAUGGCAGGAUUAAGGCAGAAGCAUCACCUUCAAGAACUUUUUAAUCGUUAUGGAGAGAACAACUCUCUGACGAUCGAAGGAUUUAGAAAACUGAUCCAGAAUAUUGGGAUAGAUAAAAUGAAAAGGAUUAGAAUAGAUCAUAACCACGAUCACGACCACAAUCAUGAUCAUGAUCAUCACCUUCAUAAUAACCAUAUUUCCUUGAGUAAAAAUUCAGAGAAGACGGCUUGUCCGAACCAUGAAUCUGAUGCUAACAAAGACCCCAGGAACAAUCAUUCGAAGGAACCUCAUAAAGCAGAGAAUGUAGACCAUCAGCACAACUUUGUGCACAGUAAGAAUGCUGUUAAUGAAAUAACUGGGUCGAUCAGCACCACUCCCACAGACAGCAGUUCCGAACUGCAGAAUUUGGAACCUGCAGAAGGCAAAUCUAUUGCUCACGUAGGCCUGACUGGUUCUAACACCGUUAACAACACAAAUGGAAGUUGGCUUGCAAACACCAAGUCAAAUGAAUCUCUUGUUUCUCCGAAGGAACUGGAAAAAGGAAGUUACCUGUAUUCCAAACUUAAAAACCCAAAUAGCCAAGAGUGCUCCAGUGCCUCAAAGCUGAUGCAGUCCCAUGGAAUAAGCACUGAAGUAUUGUUGUCUGCCACAGAAUUUAGCUAUCUCUGCCCAGCUCUUAUUAAUCAGAUCGAUGGGAAAUACUGCAUAGUCCAUGCAAGUAGUGAAAAAGCUGAAACUCCUCCUAAGGGUUAUUCUCUGCAAAUAGCUUGGAUUGGCGGCUUUAUAUCCAUCUCAGUCAUCAGUUUCCUUUCUUUAUUGGGGGUAAUACUGGUACCUUUGAUGAAUCGUGUGUUUUUCAAAUUUCUUCUAAGUUUUCUUGUGGCGUUGGCUGUGGGGACUUUAAGCGGAGAUGCCUUCUUACAUCUCCUUCCACAUUCUCACGGAAACCACCACCAUCACCAUGAAAAGGCUUCGCUUGAACAGAACAAAGGUCCUCUGUUCAAGCAUCUUGUUUUUCAAAGUACAGAAGAGAGUGCUUACCUGGAUUCUACGUGGAAGGGACUUACCGCGCUGGGAGGCUUGUAUUUUAUGUUUCUAGCAGAGCAUUUGAUCACUUUAAUAAAGCAGUUUAAAGACAAGAAGAAAAAGAAAAAAAACGAAGAUGAUGGAGAAAGUAAGAAGUUUUCAGCGAAUGAAGAAAAGUUAGAUACAGAUGAUCGGUCUGAGGGCUAUCUUGGGACAGACUCACAAGAUCCAUCGCCCUUCAUUUCUCAGCAGCCAGCUGUGCAAGAAGAAGAAGAAGUCAUGAUAGCUCAUUCUCAUCAAGAGGAGGCUGAUAAUGAAUAUGUAUCCAGGGGCUGUAGGAAUAAAUGUCAUUCCCACUUACACGAUACUCUUGGACAAACAGAUCAUUUGAGUCAUCACCACCACGACUACCAUCACAUUCUUCAUCACCAUCAUCAUCAGAACCAUCAUCCACACAGUCACAGUCAGCGUUACUCGCGCGAAGAACUGAAGGAUGCUGGAAUAGCAACUCUAGCGUGGAUGGUGAUAAUGGGAGACGGACUGCACAAUUUCAGUGAUGGCCUAGCAAUUGGAGCAGCCUUUACUGAAGGCUUAUCAAGUGGUUUAAGCACAUCUGUGGCUGUGUUUUGCCAUGAAUUACCCCAUGAGCUAGGAGAUUUUGCUGUACUUCUAAAAGCUGGUAUGACUGUCAAGCAGGCUGUGCUUUACAAUGCGCUGUCAGCAAUGUUGGCCUACCUUGGAAUGGCGACUGGGAUACUUAUUGGUCAUUACGCAGACAAUGUUUCCAUGUGGAUAUUUGCGCUUACUGCUGGCUUAUUCAUGUAUGUGGCGCUUGUGGAUAUGGUGCCUGAAAUGCUCCACAAUGACGCUAGCGACCAUGGAUGUAGCCGCUGGGGAUACUUCCUGUUACAGAAUGCUGGGAUUCUCUUGGGUUUUGGGAUAAUGCUGCUCAUCUCAGUGUUUGAACAUAAAAUUGUAUUCAGCAUAAACCUGUAAUCUUUGCCAUGUGGAGCUCGGUGUUAAGUUAUAGCUGCUAGUUGUUUUUUUUUAUUCCAUAAUGGUGGGGUACGCUUGGUAUAGUCUAGGUAUUUCUGUUGGUGUGUUUUGUUGUUGUCCUUGGGUCUUUCAAUCCCCCAAACCUUUUCUCUCCCAUAGCAAUGAGAACUGUAAGGAUUUUCACUUGGAAUACGGUAUUGUGGCAUAGCAUACGGUAUACGGUAAGCAUACGGUACUGUGGCAAGACAAACUCAAUAAGUCAUAGUGAGUGCCAAAUCUAUUGAUGCAGUGUCACCUGUGGUGGGGGCCAAAGUGUUUUUGUGAGUUUAUUUACAGUGUGUAAAUAUGUGCAACAGUGGCAUUUUUUUUAACUUCAUGUUUUUGUUGGUAUAGAGAAACAAAAUGUCAGUGGUUCUCAUCAAUCAAAACCAGUGAACAGAGAGCACAGUGAGCAGCGUAAAACAGCAAAGACGCAUGCAGUAGGUAGCAUGGAUUUAUACUGGUCACAACUGAUCUCUGUCCACCUUGUUUGCAGGGGGUGGCAGUGAGCUCACUCCAUCCUCUUGGUGGUGCUUCUCCUUGUGGAUUCUGUUUCCUAUUCCAGUUACUUUCUACUGCAGAUGAUUUCAAGUGAAAUUGGUUGAUUGAAGCGUUUAUGACAAGUAUGUUUCACCUGCUUCUUCCCUGCUGAUGGAAGUUACUCUUCAUUGAUUCCUCAAAUUGGCAGUAACAGUAGGGCUAUUACAUCAUAACAGUGUGGCUGUAGCUGUAGUAUACUUGGAUACUGUUAAAGAGACUUUUAAAGUAGCGUUUUAUCACAUUUAUGCUGUUUGAAAUGGUGAAGUUAUAUCACAGUUCUUGAUAUCGUGGGGAGUAGUGUUAGCAGUCCUUUGCUACAACAGCCUUGAUUUAGUUUGGGAAAUGGGAUGACCAGGAAAGCUGACUCCUUCUAGUUCUGCAUAACAACAUAAAAUAAACCUGUGCUUGCAGAACAGUUAUAUCCUUUCAGCUAAAGCUGGAAGACCCAAUAGGGAAGCAGCAUAUGAAGAAUAACCCACGUGUACGUGAGUAUGUUUACUCAGGUUUACCAGACUUUUAUUCAAACUCCUUUCCACAGUGAUGGAAUGCUGUUCUAUCAAUGUUUCUGGAGCAAGCCGGAAUAAUCAGCAAUAGAUCUGUUCAGGUUUUGAUGCCAGUGCUGCAGCUCAUACUAAAGGCUUAAAUAAGAAUAGAUUUUUUUCAGGCUUUUGUGUAGUGAAUACUUAUUCUUUCUUUUCUUUUUUUAACUCUGAAUUAAGAUGGCUUGAACUUCAUUUCUGUCUAUUCUUAAAAGUACUCUCCAAAACAGUGGAAAAUCACGGGAGGAAAAUUAGUGUGCUCAGUAAAAUAUUUACAGCAUCUGAAUUUGGGAGCAGAAGAAAAAGAAGCAAAUCAAGCGCACUUUUCCUAUCCCGCAAGAAGUUACGUAUCUAGAAGCUGGGAGAACUGUGCCGAUGAUUCCCUUGCAACGUUUUCUUUUUGAAAGCAGAGUGAGCAGAGCUCGUUAUCAUUCUCCGGGUUGCCUGAUCUGUGUGGGGGACCUCAGCCUCAAAGGAAACGCUUGUUUCUUGGAUCUUCCUGCAGUCAGCAUUUGGCCAGUGUCUUUGGAACAGGAUUUGUCUUGUUUCCUUUUGAAGUCAGGAGGCAGAGGAAGGUUAAUGCAUCCUAAGGGGAAGCACUGAGGUGUGCUGCAGUCUUAUCCAACGCCAACAAAUCUGCCCGUUAUGAACCUACGAGCAGUUGUUAGGAGAGGAGAACAGGCUUGUCUUUUAGAGCACUCAUUUCAUCUCUAGCUGACAAAAUACAGGUGCAUCCUUUCCCUGCAUCAAGUGCUUUACCUUUUUUUUUCCCCCUUUCCCUUUAUUCUACACUCCUGCCUUUUGGUUAACCCUCUGUACUUCCUUCAGAAGCGCACCUCUGAGCAAACAGCAGAUGGAGGUUGCCAGAAGGGAGUCCUGCAGUUGGUGGUGCAGAGGAACCACACCGUGGUACAACAGCCAUCUGCUAUGAUUUUGUAGCAUCUCCUUGAUCUGCCAUUCUGUGCUACCUCUGCUCGCUGGUUCUCACAGCAGUCUUAGUCUCAUGUUCCCAAGACUGAAUUAGAAAAGUAAUUUAUUAUCCCACCUGUUGCUUCCCUUUCUUCCCUGCUUAUAAACUGUUAGCUCACUUGAACUUGCUCUGAAGAGAAAGUGACUUCAGUUUCUUUCAAACAAUCUAAAUUCUUAUGGCACUUUUGCUCUUACCUGUGUUAGGACUGUUUCCAAGCUGUCAUAGUUAAAGCUGUGCCUACAGCCCCACAGCCGAUCUUUCUCUUUUCUUCGCUACCCCAAGUACUUGAAUGUCAUCAUCUUUGACUCGUAGUACUGUAGUAGAGACUGUUCGGUCUCUGGCAUGUGCACAUCACAGCCACCUUCUUCAGAAAAACAAAACAAGUCCUAAAGAACACUCCCAUCCCCUCAUACCCUCAUGUCAAAGCUGAAGCUUCCAUGCCUUGACCAGUUGGUGGUGCCUUCUCUACUGACCUCUAACCCGAGUUGUCCCACUCAGUUCAGAUCUUAGAACGUGGCCACUCUUCUUUGUCUGGAAGUCUCUUCUUAGCAUUGCCAAAUUGCAGUCAGAUGUACCUGACUUUGGUUGUGCCCUGUUUAAGCAGGUCUCGCCUUUCCUGUGGUGAUGGCACCAGUCGUUAGAGCUGAUGUGCCCCAGUUCUGGCUGCUGCAUUGCUUCUCAUGAGCAAGAUGUGUUCCCAGGCAGAACGCUUGGCAAGUCUUCUCUCCCCCUUCCCUCUGAGCCUCUCACAGCCCUGUUACAUGCACAAACACUGGAAUCUCCUGGUGGGUGCUGUAGGGUUUGGGGGCUCUAUUGGUUGUCUUUUGCCUUCUGUCCCUCACCCUCAGCCAUCAGAGAAACUGAAUGCGCUCAGUGCCUUGGUUGUGAGCUAUUUCAGACAUGGGUGGCUCCUAACUCAGUUUGCUUUGAAUUCUUGUGGUUUCUGUUGGCCUAAGGCCUUAAUUGCUGAAGUCAGAAGAUGACUUCUCUCAUCUGUGUGAUAGAUGAGAGACAGGAAAUGGGCACAUGGCUGUAUCCCCUAUGAGAUAUUUAGAUUGGUGACUAAAUAAAUCUACAGCUUCUGGUCUGUGCUUCCUGUCAGUUGCUGGCUGGCUUGCAAUGAGAGAAACUGACAUGAAAAUAUCUGCAUAUCAAAAUACAUUACUAAUAGAUCAACCUGACGAAUAAAACUGCCUGCAGCAUGUGUGGGAAGGAGGGUGAGAUGAGCUGGCAGUGAGUACUUGGGUGGGCUGGGUGCUCCAGCACAUUUGUCUUUGGUGGGCAAAGCACUACGUGAGGAAACCAAAGAUGCUUCACAACGUGCUGUUGGUAGCAGCAAGGUGACAAAGCUGGCCCAUGUUUUCAUUGUCAGCCUUUAGUGGAAGCAAAGGUCCUACUUCUUAAAGGUACUUGCGGUGAAACUUCUCGUGCUUUGAUAGAAGGAUAGAGCAGAGCCUCUAAGCUGCCUUUUAUUUUUAUGCAUUGAUGUUUCUGAGCAGCUUGUGGUAAUGUGCCUGCCUGCUGUGGCUGAUAAAAGAGAGCACCUUUUUUUGUGUCCUUGUUAACUACAGUACAGAGCUGAGUGUUGAAUGCAGCUGUAUCCGCCUUAUGUAGUGCUUGUGCUGACCCUAGGGCAAACAGAGCAAGGAAGGGUGGACUCUGAUUUUCAUCGUGCCACAUUAUUCUUAAGCUUUUGGCUUGUGUGUGUAUAUAACAUCAGUCAUGUGCUGUCCUUACUUGCAACAAGAGUUCUACUGCACAGAUGCCAGUCCUUGCCUAAGUUCUUGACCUGCCUGGGUCAAGCAGCAUGGCUGUUCUGUACUGAUGGGAGAUAUUGUGCAAGAGCACAACGAACUGUAUUUGUUUAAAAAGCAUUCAAGGCUACAGGGUGUAAAUCCAAGUAGCUGCUUCUGCUGCACGAAUUCAGAGUCGAGCAUAAUUACAACUUCUGUGGAAAACUAGUUUGUUCUGGUUGCCACAAAUAGAAACCAUGUUUUCAUGCCAUGUGUUCUUACUUGAAAUGUGAUUUCGGUACGUUUAAACAAUGGUUAUAGCUGCCCUUGUAUUGCUGUGUGCUUGAUGGAAUAAACCACUGAACAAAGA